UUCUUUUUUUUUGUUUAGAUUUCCCCGUAGUCAUCGUUGCUUCCAGUUUACCACUCUCACUAUCAGCCAUAACAUAUAGCAUCUUCCUUCACUAGCUCUCUUUUUAAUUUUGCAAAUAUGCCUUUAGAAAACCUGGAGGAAGAGGGUUUACCUAAAAACCCCAAUCUGAGAAUAGCUCAGCUGAAGUUUCUUCUGACUAUGGAUGAUCACAGACAGGAUGCUGCUGUGAAGAGCGAGCUGAUGGAGGCGAUCAAACAAAACAAUAUGGUCCCGUACUACGAGGCCCUGUGCAAAGAACUGAAAUGGCAGGUCGACACGGAUCUGAUCAGUAAGAUGAAGAAAGCCAACGAGGACGAACUGAAACGGCUGGAUGAUGUUUUGGAAGAUGCUGAGAAGAACCUCGGAGAAAGCGAAAUCAGGGAUGCCAUGAUGGCCAAAGCUGAAUACCUUAUACGCAUCGGUGACAAGGAAGGGGCCCUGACUGCUUUCAGGAAGACCUACGAUAAGACUGUUGCACUUGGUCAUCGCUUAGAUAUUGUCUUUUAUCUGCUAAGGAUAGGCCUGUUUUAUAUGGACAACGACCUCAUCACCCGCAACACUGAGAAAGCCAAAAGCUUGAUUGAAGAAGGUGGUGACUGGGACAGGAGGAAUCGCCUGAAAGUGUAUCAGGGCCUCUACUGUGUGGCCAUUCGGGAUUUCAAGCAGGCUGCAGAGCUGUUUCUGGACACCGUCUCUACAUUCACUUCUUAUGAGCUCAUGGACUACAAGACUUUUGUCACUUACACUGUGUAUGUGUGUAUGAUUGCACUGAAGAGGCCGGACCUGAGAGAGAAGGUGAUUAAAGGUGCCGAGAUCUUGGAGGUGUUGCACAGUUUACCUGCUGUUCGUCAGUACCUCUUCUCUCUCUAUGAGUGCCGUUAUUCAGUAUUCUUCCAGUCACUGGCUCGAGUGGAACAGGAAAUGAAGCAAGAUUGGUUGUUUGCUCCACACUACCGUUAUUAUGUUCGAGAGAUGCGCAUACUGGCCUACAGCCAGCUGCUGGAAUCCUACCGCUCCCUCACACUGGGCUACAUGGCUGAGGCUUUCGGAGUCAGCACAGAAUUCAUCGACCAGGAACUCUCACGAUUCAUCGCUGCAGGCCGUUUACAUUGCAAGAUUGACAAAGUCAAUGAGAUUGUGGAAACCAACAGACCUGAUAGUAAGAACUGGCAGUACCAGGAAACCAUCAAGAAGGGAGAUCUCCUGCUUAACAGAGUGCAGAAGCUGUCCAGAGUGAUUAACAUGUAGUCCUGCAUGUGGUAGCACUUGUUCAAUACCAAUACAUUUGUUUUGUUUUAUGUACAGUCUAUAAUAAAUCUGAAUUGGAGAAAACCA